UGCUGGAGAGGAGUGCCCCCCAAAAACGAGCUCCCUGCACCCAGUGCUUCACUCUAGCUCACUCCUAAAAGCCAGGCAGGGCCCCCUUCUCAGGCGAAGCACCCCGAGGCGCUCCCGGCCGUCACAGCGAGGAUAAGGAUGGUGCUGUGAGAGCUGCCCGAGCAGGACAGACUUGCCAGGCCGGCUCGUCCCGGUGGCGUGGGGCAGACGCGGGGAUGUCCGUGCGGUUUCACUGGGUGACCAGGCUGCAGGCUGACGUCCUUGGAUGGGGAAGCUGCGGCACGGGGCAGAGCAGAGCUGCGAGGUGGCCCUUGAGCUCUCCGCCGUGGCCAAAGCCUCUUGCGAAACACAGUCCCGAUCCGACCCAGCCCUGGCGCUGACUCAUGCCAAAAACUUGCUGGCCUUGCUGAAAAGCCCCUCGCCGAGCACCGCCGGGGGAUUGCCCUGGUCCCAUUUCCUCAAGCUCAGCAGGUGGGCCGAUAACUUCACCGCUGCUGGCUGCGGUGGGACAGAGGAACACAGCUUCCAGCACCCCUUCCUGCAGGCCGUGGGCAUGUUCCUGGGUGAGUUUUCCUGCCUGGGGGUGUUUUACCUGAUGGUGUGGAGGGAUCGGCGGAGGCCAGAGCCCACCAUGGCCCCUUCACAGCCCUUCAGCCCUCUGCUCUUCCUGCCCCCCGCCCUCUGCGACAUGACUGGGACGAGCAUCAUGUACGUGGCCCUGAACAUGACCAGUGCCUCCAGCUUCCAGAUGCUGCGUGGCUCCGUCAUCAUCUUCACAGGGCUCCUCUCCGUGGCCUUCCUGGGCCGGAGGCUGGAGCUGAGCCAGUGGCUGGGCAUCCUGGUGACCAUCGUGGGGCUGGUGGUAGUGGGGCUGGCUGACCUGCGCACCUCCCAGCCUCAGGAACACAAGCUCAGCGAGGUGAUAACUGGUGACCUGCUCAUCAUCACAGCUCAGGUGCUGGUGGCCGUGCAGAUGGUUCUGGAGGAGAAGUUUGUGUUUCAGCACGACGUGCACCCGCUGCGCGCCGUGGGCACUGAAGGUUUCUUCGGCUUCACCAUCCUGGCCCUGCUCUUGGUGCCCAUGUACUACAUCCCGGCGGGCAGCUUCAGCGGGAACCCUCGGCGGGUGCUGGAGGACACCUUGGAUGCCUUCUGCCAGCUUGGCUUCCAGCCCCUCAUCUCCCUGGCCCUCCUGGCUAACAUCAGCAGCAUCGCCUUCUUCAACUUUGCCGGCAUCAGCGUCACCAAGGAGCUGAGUGCCACCACCCGCAUGGUGCUCGACAGCCUCCGCACCCUCCUCAUCUGGGCCAGCAGCCUGGCCCUGGGCUGGGAGCCCUUCCACGGCCUCCAGCUCCUGGGUUUCGGGGUGCUGCUCGCCGGGGCUGCUCUCUACAACGGCCUGCACCGGCCCCUGCUCUCCCUCUUGCCCUGGGGCCGUGGCGAGGAGGCGGGCACGGCGGCUGAGAGGGAGGGUCUGCUGCAGGGGGAGGGGAGCACAGCCAUCAACAGCGAGAGCUGAGCCCUCCCUGCCCCGCUCACCCCCGGGAUUGAUUCUCCACCCUGGGGGGUGUUUUCAGGAGGGUUUACUGUGAGGUGGAGGGAGCACAACCACCAUCAGCAAGAGCUGAGCCCUCACUGCCCCUGUACCACUCAGCCCCGGGGUUUAUUUUUAACCCCAGGAUUCAUUUUCCACCUUGAAGUUUGGUUUUGGCCCCGAGGUUUAUUUUUGCUGCAGGGGGGUAGGAGAGGGUAAUGCUGCCAUCAGCUAUGAGAGCUGAGCCUCCACUGCCUUUGUCCUGCUCACCCCUGAGUUUUAUUCUCCACUUUGGGGUUCAUUUUUGGGCCUGGGGUUUAUUCUCUACCCUGGAGGUUAUUUUCAGGAGGGUUUGCUGCAGGGCAGGAGGAGCACAACCAUCAACUGUGAGAGCUGAGCCCUCACUGCCCCUGUCCCACUCACCCCCAGGGUUUAUUUGCAACCCUUGGGGGCUUUGUUUUCCUCCCUCCUGAGCCUGUCUCCCCUUAUCAGGAGGGGAUCCUGCUCUCUUGGCAGGAAAAGCCUCUUCUCCUGCCUCACCACCAGCUCAGU